AUGUCCAGAGAAACUGACCAGGAUAUGUUCCGCCCUUUCCUGAGCGAGGGGAAAGAGGACGUCGAGUCGUCAGACAAUGAUAACUGGAGGGAGGAGGCCGUCUCCGUCAUUUCCCGGCGUCGGGUUCAGAAGCGAUUCAUCGGUUCUCUGGUCCUUAACGGGGCUCUUCUUGUCUUGCUGGUUAUGGGUUACUUCAUACUCAAGGCCAAUUCCAAGCCUGAGAAGCUUUUGCCGACACCAGUCCCAGAGUUCUCCCGCGAGAUUCGAACAUUCAAGCUAGACCCUUUAUUCCUCUCUCUUCCGGAUGAGGAGAGCACCGCAGCGUGGGAGGCUUUGCCAGGACCGAAUGGCCGGGGUUUUAUAGAGCUGGAACCCGACAACCCCUACAACUUUCCAGACACGAAAGCGGGCCUCUCAGUCUUCCACCAACUUCACUGUCUUGGUGCUCUGCGCAAGUUCAUAUGGAUGCUCAUGUAUGACGAGGUCGACAGGGAGGCCAUGUUGCAGACUUGGCCGGAAAAUGUGACGAACCCAGCUUAUGACCAAGCUAUCAAUGGCAUGUGGCACUAUGCCCACUGCUUGGACUAUCUGAGGCAGGGCGUGCAAUGCUCGGCGGACCUGUCGCUAGAGUUUGUUUCGCAGAGCACCGGCCGUGCCGUGGUGGAUGGACUGGAUUACCCGCAUGAAUGUGCCAACUGGGAUGAGAUCUGGGAGUAUUCCAAGAUCUACGGUUGA